AUGGUUUCAUCCCUUCUUCUGACGGCCGCCUUGGCCGCUGGAGCCGCUGCCGCUCCCGCCAGUUCUCUUCCCGGACACCGCAAGGCCGGCUUCACUGUCAACCAGGUGCGGGCCGUGAACCAUGUCCGCCACGGUCCUUCUGCCGUGGCCAAGACUCUGCUCAAGUUCGGCAAGACCCCCUCCGAUGACCUCCUUGCCACUAUCAAGGCCUUCAAGUCUGAGAGACUCGCCUUGUCCAUUUCCAAGCGGACCAACGGUUCCGCUGUCACCACUCCCGAGCAGUCUGAUAUUGAAUACCUCACUCCCGUGUCGAUCGGUACUCCUGCACAGGUUUUGAACCUUGACUUUGACUCUGGUUCAUCCGACCUUUGGGUCUUCUCGUCCGAGACUCAGAGCAGCGAUGUUUCUGGCCAGAGCAUCUACACCCCCGACGACAGCAGCACUUCGACCCUACUUGACGGAGAGACCUGGGACAUUAGCUAUGGUGAUGGAUCGUCCAGCUCUGGAACUGUCUACACUGAUGUCGUUUCCGUUGGCGGUGUCUCUUUUGACGCCCAGGCCGUUGAGAUUGCCGAGACAGUUUCUGACUCGUUCACUGAGGACCAGAACAACGAUGGUCUUCUCGGUCUUGCCUUCAGCACCCUGAACACUGUCUCCCCCACCGCCCAGAAGACCUUCUUUGAUAACAUCAGAGAAUCUCUCGACUCUAGCCUCUGGACCGCUGACCUAAAGAAUGGCGAGCCCGGAACCUACAACUUUGGCUGGAUCGACGACUCGCUCUACACUGGUGAAAUUGCCUACACCGAUGUCGACUCCAGCGAUGGAUUCUGGAGUUUCACUGCCGACAGCUGGUCGGUUGGUGACAGCAGCUCCAGCGGCAGCACCAGCGGCACUGCCACGUCUUCUGCCGCAGCUCAGGCUACAUCGAGCAAGACAGCAUCCUAUGUGGCCUCUACUUCCGCCUCCCCCUCGUCCCCAAGCGGCUCGGCUGGAUCUAGCUCUGGCCCCGGCUCCGGAUUCGGUGGCGGUCCUGGCGGCUCUGACGGUGGCCGCGGUGGUUUUGGUAGCGACGACUCUGGCUUCGGUGGCGACCUGGGCGAGCUCGCCGAGGCCCUCUCUGGUCUUUUCGGCCGCGACAACAAGGUGGCCCGCGCUGGCUCUGCAUCGACCACGACGACCACCCUUACCGGUAUUGCUGACACUGGUACGACUCUUGCCUUCCUCCCCGCGGAUGUUUGCGAGUCAUACUACAGCUCCGUUUCCGGUGCUCAGUACUCCAACUCGUACGGUGGAUACCUCUUUGACUGCGAUGCCGACCUGCCCGACUUCAACUUUGUGAUUAGCGGCACUACCAUCACCAUUCCCGGCGACUACAUGAACUACGCUGCUGUCGACUCCGCCGAGACUUCGUGCUACGGUGGUAUCCAGCCCGACACUGACAUUGGUUUCUCCAUCUUUGGUGACAUUGCGCUCAAGGCUGCCUUUGUUGUCUUCAAGGAUGACGGCUCUUCCACUCCCCAGAUUGGUUUUGCCAACAAGAACGUGUAG